CUCUCGACGGGCAUGGCUUUCAAAUAUCGAGUGCUCAUCUAUUCAGCGUGCUAGAGAUAUUUAUCUCUUUCGUACGCAGUAAUUCCUUCUUUUGCCCCUGGUCGGCGAACCUUUAAUCUGCCUUGCGACCCCUACUCGUAAAUCAGUCCAGACUACGAUAUGGCCAUGCGAGAGCGCUGCACUAUUUCGCUGCUAACUGUAUAUGCAUCGAUUGCAAAUGAAUGAUGAAUAUAAUUGGAAAAAGUUGCAUUCUGUUCCUAUGGGGUCGACAAAGUAUUGCUUGUGCAAAGAGCGUUGGUGGAGAUCCAUUAUCUCGUCGCUGUGCCUCCACAUGUCUCAGAGCAUCUCCCACGGAAUAUUCUGAGUAUAUUUGUGACAUUGAUGCCGAACCAUUGCAUCGCUAUCGACCAGGCGGCUAUCACGCUGUUCGGCUAGGAGACAUCUUGAACGACGGGAGAUACAAGAUACUUCACAAACUGGGAUGGGGAGGGUACUCAACUGUGUGGGCUGCGAGGGAUCUCAAAGAUGAUCGAUAUGUUGCCCUAAAGAUCAUGGUCUCUGAUCCAGAGAAGUGCAGUCAGGAGUCCAAAGUAAUGGAGGCGAUUAAUGCAACUGGGUCCGGACACCCAGGCUUUCAGCAUCUCCUCUCAAUGAUGAACCAUUUCCAUCUCAAUGGUCCAAAUGGAACCCAUAAUUGCCUCGUGCUCGAAUUAUUGGGUCCAAGUGUCGCUGAGCUCGUGGAGAGACGCUAUUCUGAUGAACGACUUCCGGGAGCGCUUGCAAAAAGCAUUGCGAGGCAGGCUCUUCUUGGUCUGGACUGCUUACACGAGCAUAAAAUCGCACAUGGAGAUCUUCAUACCCGAAACCUACUAUUUACUAUCCCAUCUAUACAGGGUCUUCAAGAACAAGAGCUCUUGGCGAAGUUGAAACCGCCGGAGACAGCAAUUGUAAAAAGGAAAGACGGCAAAGUGCUCUGUCCCGGCGUUCCUGAAUACCUUGUUCGACCCACUUGUUAUCCGGCAGAGCGAUCGUUGUCAACGCAAAGGAUUAAAAUCGCUGAUUUUGGCGAGUCCUUCUUGGGUAAUGAAGUUGCGGAGCGUCUCCACACCCCGCUUGUUGUUCGAGCGCCAGAAGCAAUUUUUGGAGACAGGCUAGAUUAUCGCGUAGAUCUUUGGAGUAUGGGCUGCAUGCUUUUCGAGCUCGUGACUGGGCAGCCACCGUUUGAUAGUAUAAUGAUAAAACCCGUAUCACUUGUCUCUCAGAUGCUGGAGACUACAGGUGAAGACCUGCCAGAACGUUGGAAGCCGACCUGGCAUAUCAUGAAUGGCAUAAAUCCAAACGCAGAAUCUGGUAUCACGCUGCAAGAUUGGCUAGAAGAGGUCUACUUUCAUGACGGAAAAAAGGUGGACUUUGGAAAGGAAGAUAUCUUGAAGCUAGGCAAGCUGGUUCAUAUAAUGCUUCGGUUUGAGCCUCCAGCACGGGCCUCAGCAAGGGAUAUUCUAAACGACCCUUGGUUUCAACUAGAAUUACCGUAAAACAAUUUAAAAUAAUCUAGUUAUUGAAUAGUAACCAAUUGACCGAU